AAUAUCACAGCACACAGCACUACAAGAAAUCACCGAAGUAUCCUCAAUUACAGCAACGUCGCGCCGCGUUGACCCCAACUUGUUGACCAGCGUAGAAUCGCAAAAGAGCAGGCGUUUCUGUCUAAAAACGCACCUUAUCAUUGAAGGUGACUUAGGUAUACGCUGCCGACGCACUCGGGCACAAGAUGCGCGAGAGCGGCGUCCUGGCCCGCUGAGGCUUUACCAGCUGAGGCACAUCCAGCAAUAGGAGAGGCAUUGGGCUCAGCUUCAGGGCUGGAGCGGCCUGCUCGGCUGCGCAGCUCGGCUUGGGCGGGACAGGCGUAGAUGCUCAUUCCAGUCUUGGUAAAAUGAGCUCCAGAGCUAUCCGGCCUCGGCCGCUGAAUUAUAAUGAGCGGCUGCCAGUCAUAUUCCUCAACCGGCCACGGGAUGAGGACGACGACGACGCUCCGGAGGUUGAGCCCGCGCUUGAGGAGUACCUGCGGAACUGCGAGGAGGAGCGAGAGCGUGAGCACGCGCUGCUCAGCGGGCUGGAUAGCAGCCGGGCGCGAAAGAAGAACCGGUUAUCCUUGAAGAAGCACCAGCAGCUCAUCGACACCAGCGCCCGGUCCCCGCCGGGCAAGCGGCACGCCACGCCGCGCAACGGGCUGCAGCCAGAGGCGGAGCCCGCGGCAGUGCCCAUCGCAGUGCCGUCCUGCCGAGAGGUGGAAGACUACGACCACAACGAGCGGGCCAUGGCGCAGGCAGACGCGCGGCGGGUAGCGGAGGCGGGCCCCAGCGUGCCGCUGGUGGGCAUCCUGCUGGGCACGUCGCCCUCGCUCACCACGCUGGGUAGCAUCAGCAUGGACGCCGCCAGCGCCUACAUCAUCUACCAGGACGUGGUGCGGGACCAGCGCGCGCAGCCGGCGCUGGUGCAGUACGACAUGGACGAGCAGGAUGAGAAGGCGCUGGCGGAGAUGCGCAAGGGCGCUGGGGGCGGGGCGGGUGGCUCAAGUGCCAAGGGAGCGGCCGCAGCCAAGGCGGCAGCAGCCGCAGCUGCAGCGGCGGCACUGGAUGAGAGGACUUUUGAGGGCCUCAUUGGCGCGCUGGAGCUUGCGCACUUCAAUGCGCUGCAGCAGCGGAAGGAGCUCUGGCAGGAAACAGUGAAAGCCGGAAAGGUGCCCAAGCUGCCGGCGACGGAGAGGAUCCUGCCCUUCGACACGGCAGCGGCGGAGCUUCGGGAGCAGCAGCCGUUGAUGCCCGCCCUGCCGCGCGCCCUGUACAACCACUGGGUCAAGCGCCGGAAACAGGAGGGCGGGCCGCUGCUGCAGUACCUGUGGUUCGAGCAGCCAUGGAAGGCCAUCUGCUUCCGGGAGCGGGACGCGGGCAAGGUGGACGAGCAGGGCGACAUGCCCUUUGAGGCCACCGAGACCAAGAACUCCACACGCGGCGGCUGGAACCGGCUCCGCAUCGACAAGGACGAGGCGUACGACCGGCUGCAGGAGGUCCGCAACGAGUUCGAGCUGCUGCGCACGCUGGCAGACCAGGUCCGCAAGCGGGAGCGCCUCAAGAAGCAGCUGCACAAGCUGUACCGGGCGGAGAUGGCGUCAAAGCUCGGCUUCAGCAUACACAGCAAGCACUCACCUGCGGCAGCUGCUGCGCCUAGCGCAGCCGCUGACAGCGCAGCGGCGGCGGCAGCCGGCGCGGCCGGGCACUCGGCGGAUAAGAAGGCCGGUGGGAGGGCGGCCAAACCAGCCUCCGCUUUUGCGGUAUCCGCAGCCUCAGGAGCGGCCACUGCUGCUGCUGGUGAGCCGCCUUCCAAGCGGAGAAAGGUAGAGGCGGACCAGCGCGCAGCCAAGCCCGAUGCAGCGCAGCAGCGCAAGCAGGCAAAGGGCUCGCGGGCAGAGGACGAGCAGCCGCAGCCGGAGAAGGGGCGCCGGGGCCAGGGCCGGCGGGGCGCUCGCGCCGCUGUUGAGGAUUCUCCUCCGGCGCCCGAGCCAGAGUCGAGCGGGGAGGAGGAGGACGAGGAGGUGCAGGUGGUUGCGGCCGGGCGGGCAGGCGGCAGGGGAAGAGGGCGACAGGCGCCGCCGCCGUCAGCGCGGCGGCGGGCUAGGGGCAAGGCGGAGAGCAGCAGUGAGGACGAGGAGGAGGCGGAGGAGCAGGAGCAGGAAGAGGAGGAUGACGAGGAGGCGGAGCCUAGCAGCAGUACUAGCUCGGAGAUGGAAGAGGAGGACACGUCAUCGGAGGAGGCUGACCUGAAGCUGGCUGCCUCGUCGCGGAGAGACUUUGGGCGGCGUUGGGCGCUAGCGCAGCAGCGGACGGGGCGCGCACGCAACGUCAUUGAUGAGAGCGAUGGCGUUGACAGCAGCGAGCCCAGCUCGAGCGGCAGCGAGGGCGAGUCGGAGCGGGCGGACCAUCCGGGGCUCGCAAUGACGCGGGGCCGGCGUAGCCUGCCGUCGCCGCACCGGCGCACAAGCCCAGCCAGUGCCCCGGCGGCGCAGCGCAAGGGGCCGGCUCCAGCGUCAGUCUCAGCCCCACGCGGGCGGCGAGGCGCUGGCGGCUGGAACGCACGCGCCAACCCUCCCAGUGACUCAGAGCCAGAGGAGGACAGCGACGCGCAACAGGACAGCAGCGAGCAAGAGGAGGAGCUGGAGGAGGAGGAGGAGGAGGAGGAGGAGCCCAAGACCACGAGGCGGCAGUCGCAGCGGAGGCAGGCCGUGUCGGUGCCGCCGCCACGGAGCUCCGGGCGCCAGGCGGCGGCAGCGGAGGCACACGCCGCUGCGGGAGGCAGGCGCGGUCGGCCACGGACCCGCGCUCAGUCCGCCUCGGCGUCGCUGUCUCCCUCACCCGACACACUUGCAUCGCCGUCGCGCUCGUCGUCACCGACGCGCUCGGACCGCGGGCAACCGUCGUCUUCGUCGCCGGAGCCCUCACGCUCGCCGUCCAGCUCGCCGCCGCCCCGCGGCAAGCGGCGCGGCGCCGGCCGCGCGGUAGCGGCGGUCACUGCCGCUGCUGGGCCGUCAGGCCGGCAGCCAAGCGGUAGGCAGGAGCAGGCGGCCCGCGGUGCCGGAACACCAGCAGCAGCACCGUCGGCGGCGAAGCAGGUGCGCUUCUCGGCCAAGGUGCAGGCGGUUACGCAAGCGCCGAAGGCGCCAGCCGGCCGCCAGGGCACGCAGCAGCAGGGCCCCAAGGGCCGUCCGGCAGCCGUCGCGACCAGCAGCAGGGGCGCGGUGCAGGGGACGGAGGUUCUCGUGCGCGGCCUGCGGGAGCUGCAGGGGCUGUUCAAGACCUCGGGCGUGACGGAGGAGGACCUGCUCCGUGCGGAUCAGCACCCUGGGCGCGGCAGCCCAGCCAACGCGGCACACAAGGCGCAUGUCGCCGCCAAAUCACCGGCGGCGGGCGCGGCCGUGGGGCGGGGCCCGCAGCAGCUACAACAGAGGCAGGAGCAGGGGCAACAGCAGUCGGUGCAGCAAAGCCCUGCAAAAGGGCAUACUGGGCCGCGUGCUGCAGGCGCCCAUGCGCACGCAGCCGCAGCUUCCAAGCAAGGGGGGGCGCAGCACUCUGGGCGGGGGCGACCAGGUACGGCGAAAGAGCCGGCCGCACCCUCGUCAGGAGGUGCUGCGGCGGCAGCGCCCAAACCGGCAGGCAAUGGCACGAACGCUCGAUCGCGGCCAUCGCCCGUGCCGGCGGCGCAGGCCCCGAAGCACCCCGGCGUCAGCCCCAACCGCAAGCAUCGCACCCUCCUGCGGCGACUUGCAAGCACGCUGCUGCCGAACAUCUUGCAGCGGCCGCUGUUCACUCGGCACAGCAAGACCAGCGGUACGAUGGCACCAGUGGCAGCAUCAGGCCCGAGCACACAGCCACAGACCGCUGCAGCCGCGCGGGCCGGCGAGGCCGCUGGUGCGCAGGGCGCUGGCAAGGCUGGCGCCCAGCCCCAACCUCAGAAACCGGUCGGCAACGCCAAGUCGUCAGCAGCAGUGCGGGCCGCGCAGCAGCAGCAACAGCAGCAGCAGCGUGACAGGAAGGAGUCGCCCGCCAACGCCAAGGCCGUCAAAGCAGCCGCUGCAGAGCGUGCGCGGGAGGUGGUGAAAAGCGCCGCGAAACGCGCGCGCGGCGGGACAGGGGCAGCAGGCGCUGUCCGCGCCGCUGAGCACAGCAACAAAUCGCGCAGAACGCAAGCCUCUGCCGGGGCCGACGACGGCCCUGGCGUCCACAAGAAGACCCGGGUUGGGUGUCAACGCGAGUUGGCUGCGCUUGCCGGCAGCAGCGCAGCCGAUGCCGCUGCGCCUGCUGGGGGCCGGCCGGCCGGUGCUGCUUUUGGUGCGGCGCCAGCUGCGGCAGCGAAUGGCAACCAGCGGCAAGCCCAGGCGGCCAACAAGCACAAGCCGCUGCCAGCGCAGGAAGGCGCUAAGGUGGGCCCCAAGCCGGCGGCGGUGGAGCAACUUCGCAAGGUGCGAGACGGCGGCGUCAGCAAGGUUGCGGGCCGGAAGGGGCGGCCGCUGCUGCGGGAUCGCAAUGGGUUGGUGGGGCAGGGGCUCGGCGGCGGCACGACGCUGGGCAAGGUCAAGGGCAAGGCGGCUGGCAGAUUGAAGGGAUAGACUAUUGACUGGUACGGUUGUGACUUGAGAGAGGUAGCGACCCUACCUGAGGUUGAAUUGAGUGCACGCGGCUGACUGGCUACACACGAGGCUCAACGGAUGGGUUUGUGUAGGAACUGAUAUUGGGCUCCUUGAGCAGCAAGCUUUGGGGCCUGGCUCUGCUAGUUACAGUCUAGAACACGGCACCGACUUUUGUUAAUGGACCUUCCCGAGUGGCGCGUGCGAGAAGACACAGGUGCUAUCGGCGCCAGACCAGGCAGCCAUGGUGGCUGCAUUGGAAUCUGUUGGUGUGCUGUGAGGUAUUCCUGUAACGUACUCUUGAGGUAAUUGCUGAGCUUAUCAAACCAAAUGCAUAGAUGCGCCGUGUGAAACGCAGGCCCAUCUGUUUGCAGCUGAUGCUCCGCCGUCAGGGCGAAGACGUAGGCUGGUUUGACAAGUGCAGCGACGGAUCUGUCACAGAGAAAUGUGCCACAAAGCUCUCGUAAUAA